GACACCAUCAUCAUCAUCAUAUCUUCUUUCUCUGAAACAGGGGAAGUAACAGAGAAGGAUCCAAGUUCAGAAAAAAGCUCAAUUUUUCCGGCAAUGGCGGCCUCAACCACAUCGUCAACUCCACUCUCUCUCUCCUCUUCAUCAUCCUCAACUCUCCGGCAAUCAUCAGCUCUGCCUUCUUCCCAAUGUAUGACUCUUCCGACACUCUCUCCUCCUGUUCCGUCUCUAUCUCGUCCAAGCUACAGGAAUGCCGCUGCUUACUGUCGAAAAAUUGCUAGAAACGUAGUUUCCAUGGCUACGGGAGAUGCGCCAGCGGAAAUUGGUGUGGCUGAGACGCCUGAAAUCUUGAAAACAGUUCAAGAAGCUUGGGAUAAAGUUGAGGAUAAAUAUGCUGUUAGUUCUUUGGCUGUGGCUGCUGUUGUUGGUUUAAUUGGUGCAUCUGGAUUGAUUGGGGCAAUUGACAAGCUUCCUCUUAUCCCUGGAGCACUUGAAGUUGUUGGAAUUGGAUACACUGGGUGGUUUACAUAUCGUAACCUCGUCUUCAAACCAGACAGGGAGGCUUUGCUACAAAAGAUCAAAGACACAUACAAAGAUAUCAUUGGAAGUUGAUCAGAACAAACACCAAUGAGACAAAUGUGAUGUCUUUUUUCUUUUUCUUUCCUGCACUUUCUUCAUCUUCUUCAUAUUCAUCAGAAUCCCUUGACAUUAUUUAUAUAUCUCAAUCUUCAUCUAUGUAUGUAUGUAUGAAACUACUUGCAAAGCAGUUUUCACUCUCACUAUUGAUUAUAUGUAAUUAAUUUAACUGGGUUAUGUA